GGCCCUCGGGGCUCGGCCGCCCGCGCCGGCUGCGCUUUGCAGGGGAGGAGAGAGAGCCCUAGGCGCGAGCGGGGGAGAGGGGAGCUGCAGCCACAACUUCUUUCGUCCUCUCCUUCCCCUGUGUACCUCUACCCUUCCCUUUCCCCAUCCUCCAGCCCUUACCUUCUUGGCGGCACUGAAAGGGACUCCGCCCGCAGGUUGCGGAGGGAACCAAACUCGGUGGCAAGUUGCCUCACCAUCUGAAGAUGCUCGGGGGUCCGGGGCCCCGGCUGCUGCUGCUGACCGUCCUGUCCCUGGGGACAGCGGUGCCCUCCACGGGAGCCUCGAAGAGCAAGAGGCAGGCUCAGCAGCUCGUUCAGCCCCAGUCCCCGUUGGCUGUCAGCCAAAGCAAGCCUGGUUGUUAUGACAAUGGGAAACACUAUCAAAUAAACCAACAAUGGGAGCGCACCUACCUGGGCAGUGCCUUGGUCUGUACCUGUUAUGGAGGGAGCCGGGGCUUUAACUGCGAGAGCAAGCCUGAACCUGAAGAGACUUGCUUUGACAAGUACACCGGGACCACUUACCGGGUGGGCGACACUUAUGAGCGCCCUAAAGACUCCAUGAUCUGGGACUGCACCUGCAUUGGGGCUGGGCGAGGGAGAAUAAGCUGCACCAUUGCAAACCGCUGCCAUGAAGGGGGUCAGUCCUACAAGAUUGGUGACACCUGGAGGAGACCACACGAGACUGGUGGUUACAUGUUGGAGUGUGUGUGUCUGGGUAACGGGAAAGGAGAAUGGACCUGCAAACCCAUAGCUGAGAAAUGUUUUGAUCACGCUGCUGGGACUUCCUACGUUGUCGGGGAGACCUGGGAAAAGCCUUAUCAAGGCUGGAUGAUGGUGGAUUGUACUUGUCUGGGAGAAGGCAGUGGACGCAUCACCUGUACCUCCAGAAACAGGUGCAACGAUCAGGACACUAGGGCGUCCUAUAGAAUUGGGGAUACCUGGCGCAAGAAGGACAAUCGGGGGAACCUGCUUCAGUGCAUCUGCACCGGCAACGGCCGUGGCGAGUGGAAGUGUGAGAGGCACACGACCCUGCAGACCACAUCUGCCGGAUCUGGCUCCUUCACAGACGUCCGAACGGCCAUUUACCAGCCACAGCCUCACCCCCAGCCGGCUCCAUAUGGUCACUGUGUCACAGACAGCGGUGUGGUUUACUCCGUGGGCAUGCAGUGGCUGAAGACACAAGGAAAUAAGCAAAUGCUUUGCACUUGCCUGGGCAAUGGAGUCAGCUGCCAAGAGACAGCUAUAACCCAGACUUAUGGUGGCAAUUCAAAUGGGGAGCCUUGCGUCCUACCAUUCACCUACAACGGCAGGACUUUCUACUCCUGCACCACGGAAGGGCGACAGGAUGGACAUCUGUGGUGCAGCACAACUUCCAAUUAUGAGCAAGACCAGAAAUAUUCUUUCUGUACAGACCAUACUGUUUUGGUUCAGACUCGAGGUGGAAAUUCCAAUGGUGCCUUGUGCCACUUUCCCUUCCUGUACAACAACCGAAACUACACCGACUGUACGUCCGAGGGCAGGAGGGACAACAUGAAAUGGUGUGGAACCACACGGAACUAUGACGCUGACCAGAAGUUUGGAUUCUGCCCCAUGGCUGCCCAUGAGGAAAUCUGUACAACCAAUGAAGGGAUCAUGUAUCGCAUUGGAGACCAGUGGGACAAACAGCAUGAUAUGGGCCACAUGAUGAGAUGCACAUGUGUUGGGAAUGGUCGUGGAGAAUGGACAUGUGUUGCCUACUCCCAGCUCCGAGAUCAGUGCAUCGUCGACGACAUCACAUACAAUGUGAAUGACACAUUCCACAAACGUCACGAAGAGGGACACAUGCUGAAUUGUACCUGCUUCGGUCAGGGCAGGGGCCGGUGGAAGUGCGAUCCCAUUGAUCAAUGCCAGGAUUCAGAAUCCCGUACCUUUUAUCAAAUUGGAGAAUCAUGGGAGAAGUUUUUGCAUGGAGUCAGGUACCAGUGCUACUGCUAUGGCCGUGGCAUUGGGGAGUGGGGCUGCCAGCCCAUACAGACCUAUCCAGGUUCAACUGGUCCUGUCCAAGUAAUAAUCACUGAGACCCCCAGUCAGCCCAACUCUCACCCCAUCCAAUGGAAUGCACCAGAACCAUCUCACAUUUCCAAGUACAUUCUCAGAUGGAAACCGAAAAAUUCUCCAGACCGUUGGAAGGAAGCCACCAUUCCGGGCCACUUAAACUCCUACACCAUCAAAGGCCUGAGGCCAGGUGUGGUAUACGAGGGCCAGCUCAUCAGCGUCCAGCACUACGGCCAAAGAGAGAUGACACGCUUCGACUUCACCACCACCAGCACAAGCUCAGUGGUGACCAGCAACACCGUGACGGGAGAGACAACACCCUUUUCUCCCGUUGUGGCCACCUCCGAAUCCGUGACUGAAAUCACAGCCAGCAGCUUUGUGGUCUCCUGGGUCUCGGCUUCCGACACUGUGUCCGGAUUCCGGGUGGAGUAUGAGCUGAGUGAAGAGGGAGACGAACCACAGUACCUGGAUCUUCCCAGCACAGCCACUUCUGUGAACAUCCCUGACCUGCUUCCUGGCCGAAAAUACAUUGUGAACGUCUAUCAGAUAUCCGAAGAAGGAGAACAGAGUUUGAUCCUGUCUACCUCACAGACAACAGCACCUGAUGCCCCGCCUGACCCUACUGUGGACCAGGUUGAUGACACCUCGAUUGUCGUUCGCUGGAGCAGACCCCAGGCGCCCAUCACAGGAUACAGAAUCGUCUAUUCCCCAUCAGUAGAGGGUAGUAGCACAGAACUCAACCUUCCUGAAACUGCCAACUCUGUCACUCUCAGUGACUUGCAGCCUGGUGUUCAGUAUAACAUCACUAUCUACGCUGUGGAAGAAAAUCAAGAGAGUACUCCUGUCUUCAUCCAACAAGAAACCACUGGCGUCCCACGUUCAGAUAAAGUUCCCCCUCCCAGGGACCUGCAGUUUGUGGAGGUGACGGACGUGAAGAUCACCAUCAUGUGGACGCCCCCCGAGAGCACGGUGACCGGUUACCGAGUGGACGUGAUCCCCGUCAACCUGCCCGGGGAACAUGGGCAGAGGCUGCCCAUCAGCAGAAACACAUUUGCAGAAGUCACCGGGCUGUCCCCUGGGGUCACCUAUCACUUCAAAGUCUUCGCCGUGAACCACGGGAGGGAGAGCAAGCCUCUGACGGCACAGCAGACGACCAAAUUGGAUGCUCCCACCAACCUCCAGUUUAUCAAUGAAACUGACACCACCGUCAUAGUGACCUGGACUCCACCUCGUGCCCGGAUAGCCGGGUACCGACUGACCGUGGGCCUGACCCGUGGAGGCCAGCCCAAGCAGUACAACGUGGGUCCCUCCGCCACGCAGUAUCCACUGAGGAACCUGCAGCCGGGCUCUGAGUACUCUGCCACCCUCGUGGCCGUGAAAGGCAGCCAGCAGAGCCCCAGAGCCACUGGAGUCUUCACCACUCUGCAGCCUCUGGGCUCCAUCCCACCUUACAACAUAGAGGUGACUGAAACCACCAUUGUAAUUACAUGGACGCCUGCUCCAAGGAUUGGUUUUAAGCUGGGUGUACGACCAAGCCAGGGAGGGGAAGCACCACGAGAGGUGACCUCAGACUCAGGAAGCAUCGUUGUGUCUGGCCUGACUCCAGGCGUGGAAUACAUUUACACCAUCUCAGUCCUGAAAGAUGGGCAAGAGAGAGAUACACCAAUUGUGAAGAAAGUGGUGACACGUAAGAGGAGUUCUUUGCCUCUUUUCUUUUCUUUUCAUUUUUUUAAAUUGUUUAGCCCUUGUAAAUUAGGAGAGCCCACUUUGGGGAAUGUGCCUAAGGGUGAGAGCCAUUCCAUCCUAGCAGUCCUCUCCCCAUUCCCCUUCGAGGGUACAUCAUUGGAGUUGAGUUUAAUAGGCACUGGGUCACAAAUGUUCUGGGCAGUAACUUCCUCCUUUCUGUUUUCUCCAGACAUUACUGGCUAUAGAAUUACCACCACCCCUACAAAUGGCCAGCAGGGAUAUUCUUUGGAAGAAGUGGUCCAUGCUGAUCAGAGUUUCUGCACUUUUGAAAACCUGAGUCCUGGCCUGGAGUACAAUGUCAGUGUUUACACUGUCAAAGAUGACAAGGAAAGUGUCCCUAUCUCUGAUACCAUCAUGCCAGAGGUGCCCCAACUCACUGACCUAAGCUUUGUUGAUAUAACCGAUUCAAGCAUCGGCCUGAGGUGGACCCCGCUAAACUCUUCCACCAUUAUUGGGUACCGCAUCACAGUAGUUGCGGCAGGAGAAGGUAUCCCUAUUUUUGAAGAUUUUGUGGACUCCUCAGUAGGAUACUACACAGUUACAGGGCUGGAGCCUGGCAUUGACUAUGACAUCAGCGUUAUCACUCUCAUUAAUGGCGGAGAGAGUGCCCCUACUACACUGACACAACAAACCGCUGUCCCUCCUCCCACUGACCUGCGAUUUACCAAUGUUGGUCCUGACACGAUGCGUGUCACCUGGGCCCCACCUCCAUCCAUUGAAUUGACCAACUUACUGGUGCGCUACUCGCCUGUGAAAAAUGAGGAGGAUGUUGCAGAAUUGUCAGUUUCUCCUUCAGACAAUGCAGUGGUCCUAACAAAUCUCCUGCCUGGCACAGAGUAUUUAGUCAGCGUCUCCAGUGUUUACGAGCAGCAUGAGAGCGUACCUCUUAGAGGAAGACAGAAAACUGGUCUCGAUUCCCCAACUGGCAUUGACUUUUCUGAUAUCACUGCCAACUCUUUCACUGUCCAUUGGAUUGCUCCUCGAGCUACCAUCACCGGCUACAAGAUCCGCCAUCAUCCUGAGCACAUGACUGGAAGACCUCGGGAGGAUCGAGUGCCCCCCUCUCGGAAUUCCAUCACUCUCACCAAUCUCAGUCCAGGCACAGAUUAUGUGGUCAGCAUUGUCGCUCUUAAUGGCAAAGAGGAAAGUCCUUCCUUGGUUGGCCAGCAAACAACAGUUUCUGAUGUUCCAAGGGACCUGGAAGUCAUUGCUGCAACCCCCACCAGCCUGUUGAUCAGCUGGGAUGCUCCUGCCGUCACAGUGAGAUAUUACAGGAUCACCUACGGAGAAACAGGAGGAAGUAGCCCUGUCCAGGAGUUCACUGUGCCUGGGAGCAAGUCUACAGCUACCAUCAGUGGUCUUAAACCCGGAGCAGAUUACACCAUCACCGUCUAUGCUGUCACUGGCCGUGGGGACAGCCCGGCAAGCAGCAAGCCCAUUUCCAUUGAUUACCGAACAGAAAUUGACAAACCAUCCCAGAUGCAAGUGACUGAUGUCCAGGACAACAGCAUUAGUGUCAGAUGGCUGCCUUCAAGUUCCCCUGUUACCGGUUACAGAGUGACCACUACUCCUAAAAAUGUCCCGGGACCAUCGAAAACAAUGACUGCAGGUCCAGAUCAAACAGAAAUGACAAUUGAAGGCUUGCAGCCCACAGUGGAGUAUGUGGUUAGCGUCUACGCUCAGAAUCGAAACGGAGAGAGUCAGCCCCUGGUUCAGACAGCAGUAACCAACAUUGAUCGCCCUAAAGGACUGGCAUUCACUGAUGUGGAUGUCGAUUCCAUCAAAAUUGCUUGGGAAAGCCCACAGGGGCAAGUUUCCAGGUACAGGGUGACCUACUCGAGCCCUGAGGAUGGAAUCCAUGAGCUAUUCCCUGCACCUGAUGGUGAAGAAGAGACUGCAGAGCUGCAAGGCCUCAGGCCGGGUUCUGAGUACACAGUCAGUGUGGUUGCCUUGCACGAUGAUAUGGAGAGCCAGCCCCUGAUUGGAACCCAGUCCACAGCCAUUCCUGCACCAACCAACCUGAAGUUCACUCAGGUUUCACCAACCAGCCUGGCCGCCCAGUGGACAGCACCCAAUGUUCAGCUCACUGGAUAUCGAGUGCGGGUGACCCCUAAGGAGAAGACCGGACCAAUGAAAGAAAUCAACCUUGCUCCCGAUAGCUCAUCUGUGGUUGUAUCAGGACUCAUGGUGGCCACUAAAUAUGAAGUGAGUGUCUAUGCUCUUAAGGACACUUUGACAAGCAGACCUGUUCAGGGAGUCGUCACAACUCUGGAGAAUGUCAGCCCCCCAAGAAGGGCCCGUGUGACAGAUGCUACUGAGACCACCAUCACCAUUAGCUGGAGAACCAAGACUGAGACGAUCACCGGCUUCCAAGUCGAUGCCAUCCCAGCCAAUGGCCAGACUCCAAUUCAGAGAACCAUCAAGCCAGAUGUCAGAAGCUACACCAUCACAGGUUUACAACCCGGCACUGACUACAAGAUCCACUUGUACACCUUGAAUGACAAUGCCCGGAGCUCCCCUGUGGUCAUCGACGCCUCUACUGCCAUUGAUGCACCAUCCAACCUGCAUUUCCUGACCACCACGCCCAACUCCCUGCUGUUAUCAUGGCAGCCACCUCGUGCCAGGAUUACCGGUUAUGUCAUCAAGUAUGAGAAGCCUGGGUCCCCUCCCAGAGAAGUGGUCCCUCGGCCCCGCCCUGGUGUCACAGAAGCUACUAUUACUGGUCUGGAGCCAGGAAUCGAGUACACAAUCCAAGUCAUUGCCCUCAAGAACAAUCAGAAGAGUGAGCCUCUGAUCGGGAGGAAAAAGACAGAUGAGCUUCCCCAACUGGUAACCCUUCCACACCCCAAUCUUCAUGGACCAGAGAUCCUGGAUGUUCCCUCCACAGUUCAAAAGACCCCUUUCAUCACCAACCCUGGGUAUGACACUGGAAACGGUAUUCAGCUUCCUGGCACUUCUGGUCAGCAGCCCAGUCUUGGGCAACAAAUGAUCUUUGAGGAGCAUGGUUUUAGGCGAACCACACCGCCCACAAUGGCCAGCCCCGUAAGGCAUAGGCCAAGACCGUAUCCACCGAAUGUAAAUGAGGAGAUCCAAAUUGGUCCUGUCCCCAGGGGAGACGUAGACCAUCAUCUCUACCCUCACGUUCUGGGACUCAAUCCAAAUGCUUCUACAGGACAAGAAGCUCUCUCUCAGACAACCAUCUCAUGGACUCCAUUCCAGGAAAGCUCUGAGUAUAUCAUUUCAUGUCAUCCAGUUGGCAUUGAUGAAGAACCCUUGCAGUUCCGAGUUCCUGGAACGUCUGCUAGUGCCACCUUGACGGGUCUUACCAGAGGGGCCACCUACAACAUCAUAGUGGAGGCAAUAAAAGACCAGAAGAGGCACAAGGUUCGGGAGCAAGUAGUUACUGUGGGCAACUCUGUUGACCAAGGCCUGAACCAACCCACGGAUGACUCGUGCUUCGACCCCUACACGGUUUCCCAUUAUGCCAUUGGAGAGGAGUGGGAGCGAUUGUCUGAAUCUGGCUUUAAGCUGUCAUGCCAGUGCUUAGGCUUUGGCAGUGGUCAUUUCAGAUGUGAUUCAUCUAAAUGGUGCCAUGAUAAUGGUGUGAACUACAAGAUUGGAGAGAAGUGGGAUCGUCAGGGAGAAAAUGGCCAGAUGAUGAGCUGCACGUGUCUUGGAAAUGGAAAAGGAGAAUUCAAGUGCGAUCCCCAUGAGGCAACAUGUUACGACGAUGGGAAGACGUACCACGUGGGAGAACAGUGGCAGAAAGAAUAUCUUGGCGCCAUUUGCUCCUGCACGUGCUUUGGAGGCCAGCGGGGCUGGCGCUGUGACAACUGCCGCAGACCAGGGGCUGAACCUGGUCACGAAGGCUCAACUGGCCACUCCUACAACCAGUAUUCGCAGAGAUACCAUCAGAGAACAAACACUAAUGUCAACUGCCCAAUUGAGUGCUUCAUGCCUUUAGAUGUACAGGCUGACAGAGAAGAUUCCCGAGAGUAAUAUUUCCAACCCAGAGAAACAAGCACGGAUCUCUGUCAAGGUCCAUCCAAACUGGAGUGAUGUUAGCAGAUCCCAGCUUAGUUUGUUUCUUUCUUAUCCUCUGCUCUGGAGUAACUUCUCCAGCUUCAGCUCAAUUCACAGCUUCUCCAAGCAUCACCCUGGGAGUGUUUUUAGACUUUUCUCAUAAAUGGGGCAGUAUGCUGCCAGUUCUCCAAAGUAUUCAAUACUGCUCAGUAUUUUAAAUGAAAUGAUUCUAACUUGUGAUUUGGAUUGGCAUCAAUAGGGAAGCACAUGCACCAACCAAGAUACAAAAUGUCUUGAAAAUGAUAUUACCAAAAUUUUCAACAGGAAAGUUACCCAAACACUUCUGCUUCCACUUAACUAUCUGGCCCACAAUAUUGUAGGAACGGCAUGUCCUUGUUACUGUGAUAUUUGAAAUAUCUACAGUACUCACUAGUUCCAAAUGAUUCUAGUAAUUGCCUAGAAAUCUUUCUCUUACCUGUUAUUUAUCAAUUUUUCCCUGUAUUUUUAUAUGGAAAAAAUUGUAUUGAAGACACUUAGUAUGCAGUUAAUAAGAGGAAUUUGGUCUAAUUAUGGUUGGUGAUUAUUUUUUAUACUGUACAUGCCAAAGCUUUACUACUGUGGAAAGACAACUGUUUAAUAAAAGAUUUACAUUCCACAACUUGAA